GUGAAAUUUUUUAGAUUUUUGUUUAUUUAUUUUUUUAAUUUACUUUGUCUUUAAAUUAUCUUUAUAAUCAUAAGGGAACUUCUAUCAUUAGUGUAACAAGCGAAAAACCUCUUUAUUUGGCGCCUAAUGUAAUGUUUUAAUCAUGAUAAAAAGGGAUGUGGUUACUUUUCUUGUAGUUAACAAUGAUAUAUACAGUAUCAAGCUAUAUCAACUCUCCUGAAUGGAAUCUUUUACAUAUUUAAAAUCUUCUAUUUAUGAUUCUGGUGACUAAGGAAAACACAUCUUAUUACUAUAACCAUCUUCAAUAUAACAUUCUACAUACUAUAUUCAACUUUUCUAUUUACGAUUUUUUAGCUAAUGGAAACAAACGUUAACUCAUUUUUGUUCUGAAAACUUAACAAAGAAUAAAUAUUAAGGACAUUCUUAUAUAGUACACAAAAUGUUUUGGGGUACAAUAUUCUUAGCAAUAAUUCCAAGUGUUGUUUCCACUUCAAACUUGGAAAGGAGAAAGGAGAUUAGACAAGGUGUAUCGGUUAGUUGGUUAAACAUGAGACGAUAUUCUAAUCGCAUUUUAAACAUUCCGGCUAUAGCAUCGUUUUCCACAACUACAAAAGAAAAGUGCGGAAGUCUAUGUUUGUCAACUCCAACAUGUAGGAGUUUGAAUUUGAAAGAAGAAUCUCCCUCUCAAUACCAAUGUGAAUUGCUUGAUCAAGACAUGUUUGAAGCAAAUUGCGCCUUUUUAUGGGAUGAAAUCACAUCUCACUUUGCCUUUGUGAGCAACUGCACGAACGAUUAUAAUAUCUGCAACGAUCCACGUAAGAUUUGUGUUCCUGAUGAGAGGUUGAAUACAUAUACAUGCGAACAAAAGCAAAAUAUUCAACUCAAUCAGAAAAGCUUUUGUCCACUUGGAAACUAUCAUCUCCAAGUUUACAAUGUGAAUUGGAGACUUCCAUAUUGUUUUCUUUGUCUAGGACUUGAUGGGUCUAUUAUGAUUCUUAAAAACUCCCAAUUAAGUGGCAACAGGACUUGGAAGGAAUACAGAAAUGGUUUUGGUAAAGUAAACAAGAAUGGAGAUUUUUGGAUUGGUUUAGAAAUGCUACAUCAACUAACAAACCCACCAGUCAUUCUUUCCUUCUAUAUAGCAGAUUCAACGGGCCAGCGAUACGAUGUUGAACUGCAUAAUUUUACUGUUUCAUCAGAAUUGGAUUUUUACAGGAUGCACGUCGCUUCACAAGGAGGAGAAAAUAACCUUGUGGAUUACCAUUCCGGGAAACCAUUUAGUACGUUCGACCAUGGCAUAAAUACAGAAAAAGCAAAAUUAUUUGGCUCUGGAUGGUGGUAUGGUGAUACAGAAGGGAUGAAUUGGUUCACAAGACAUGAUAAAGGUUUAAGUGGUUUCAUUACUGAGAGAAAAUUGAAAGUAUUUAAUGUUCGCAUAUCACGCUAUGUAAACACAUAGGUUGGGGGUUAGAAACAUAAAAAAAAGAAAUAACUGGCAUACAGUAACGUUCUCUAUUUUAAACUCGCUUUACACUUUUUUUAAAAAAACAAAAAGCAGAGAGAAAGAGAGAAAAG